AUGAUAGCCGCGGUAGAAUCAUGUCUCAUUCAAUCUAAACAGUUGAUGAAUACGCACGUUCAUUCGCCUCGUAGCGAAAUGAACUUCAACUGGCGCGAGUUGAACGCGAUGUUCAAGUGGACAACAAGCUUCUCCUCUUGCCCAGCCACUUGGCCCGAUCUGACGUAUUCCCUGCACCGGAUGCUAUCAGACUUAACGAUUAAAGUCGCAAACAAUAAGAAAACAAGUCAGAAAUCACAUACAAUCACGCAAGAAUUGGAACAUCUCUGUAAACUCUUCCUCUUAAUAUCAACAUCAACCGGUUUAAUGACUGUGAAUCAUCAGCGAACGAUUAUCGUUUAUCGAAACAACCGCUUUCAUAUGAUUUCACAUUGUAUAUGCAAGAGAGAAGCGUAUGUAAAUACUAAUGGAGAACUGGAAUUCAUUAGCAGACAAUGUCACCGAGCGUUGCACGGUUCGAGAAGAUCUCUAGUGGCGGAGGAGGUGCGACGGGUUCAGUCACGGCAUCGUCGAGUACUCGGGGAAUUGAAUCUGAGCGUGGAGGCAAUGCUGAUGCCUACGGUGGUCGAUAACAACGACGAGGACGAGCCACAGGAUCAAAGAGGGGCGUCCACGGAGGAAUUGUUAUCCUCGGUCAGUCCCACCGACGACCUCCUUUCGCCUGUUGGCUGUGACAUGGACAGCGGCUUCAGUGGAAGCUCCAGUGCAAGUUACAGGUUGAUAGAGACACAUUGUAACGUGUUCGUACUCUGGUGUGGGUCCGGACUGGGUUCAUUGAGGAGGGGAAUAGGCAAGACUAGCACUCCAGAAUUGGCGGGUGGUCAGCGUAAAACGAAAGCGGCUAUGAUCUGGAAAAAAGGUUGGAAAGGCUGGAAGAAAUUGCAUUCUUUCGGGAACAAUAGCAACAAGACUGGUGAGUCAUUCGUACCUCUAUUUUAUACCACGCAAUUCAGAUUACAGCAUGGUUUUUUAAUCGUUGCUAUAAAAAUAUUUUGAAGAUUCGUAAAUUUUUAUACACAUUCUACUACUCUGUGUGUAUGUGUGUGUGUGUGUGUUGAAAACAAAACUUAGGGAAUGUAAAAUAAUAGAGCACUGACUAACAAUAAGUAUGAAAGUGUUUAUUAUUCCUAGAAAGUGCAAAGUCUGUCUCACAAAGUAUCUGA